CCAGAGCGCUCGAGCGUUAUAAUCCCACUUUUAAGAAUGGCUGACAGUUCGGAAGCGGAGAGAGCCAACCCAGACACAGUCCCGGCCCAAAACCAGGGGGAUGGUGACGUAACAGACAGCGAAGAUUCUCUAAUGAUAGACAGCGACGGGGAGCAGCCAAGCAGCCGUGGCCCUGAGGCCAGAUUCCAGCGACCCCCGGGGACCAGUUAUGACCAUUCCUCUCUUGACCAAUACGACAUGAGACUGCAUAUGGAAAAUAAAAACACCCAGAGAAAAACGGACACAGAUAUCCGCAUUGUCAUCAGUUACUUGCGGUCAGUGGACGAGAGUCGAAAUCCCGAGGACAUCCCGGGCGCCGAGCUUGACCGAUAUCUGUCCACGUUUUUUACGAUCGUAAAGAAACACGACGGGAAUGAAUACGAGCCAGCGAGCCUGCGCGGGAUGCUUUGUAGCGUUGAACGUUACCUGAAAAUGAAGAACUACCGAACGUCCGUGACCAGGGACCCUGCCUUCUCGUGCACCAGGCACGCCCUGAAGUACAAGCAACAGAAACUCCGGGAGAUCGGCAAGGGCGUAAAGAAACCAAACGAGCCAAUCGUCAAGCUGGGGUUCGAUAGGGUACACCAGUUAUUCUCUGAGCAAGAAAUGGGACCGAACACUCCGAUGUCAGUCAUAAACACUCUGUGUUUCGUCAUCAUAGUUCACUUCCGGUUACGCAAAGCCAUCGAUCAUAAAAAUUUACUGUGGGGUGAUAUAAAACUCAAAACUGAUUCUAAAGGGAAUGAAUAUAUCAUAUAUCAACCAAUAUCGGUAUCAAAUCAUAACUUUAAGUCUAUCAGAACAACUGACGGUAAGCUCUGUAUCUGGAGCAAACCCGAACUCAAAGACAGAGACCCGGUGAGUAUUUAUAAAUUGUACUCCCAGAAGAGGCCUCCCAGCAUGCAGCACGACAAUUCACCAUUCUACUUAGGAAUCACUACCAUGAAUCCAACCCCUAUGCAGUCUUGGUACCGGACCUGCGCCAUGGGAGUUAAUAAAUUAAGCGAUCUAGUGCGCAUGAUCCGAAGCAUCACAGGACUUCCGCGUACCACACUCGAUGGAUCCACCGAGAACAUUCUUUCCGCCAACUUCUCCAUUCCGUCCGGAAAUGAUCGGCUGCCAUAUUCCUACAAACCAAUCACCCCCGUGCCGAACUUCACGCCCAUCUUUAAGCAGAAGGCGGAGUCGUCUGAAGAGUCGACGGAAGGAGUGGGCCUGAUGGGAAAUACAGAGGAAGCAGACGACGAGUCCCGCUCUAUGUGCUUUUCAGAGAGUCCCCUCUCUGUGUCCGACAGUGAGCAUCUGUCGUCCUCAUACAGAGCCAGGAACCAGACAAAAGGCGAUCAGUCAAGUCUGACACCGUUGCAACAGGCGAAGAAAGCAAUUUGUGACGUAAUUCAGACCUUAGAAGAGACAGACGCAAAAGAAAUUGGGAAAUGGUUGAAACAGUCUUCUUUUUGGGAAAAUGAUAACUUUAACGACAGCCAAGAAAGUCGGAAAGAAGACACCUGUGAGGGAGAAACUACCACACAAAUAACACUCAGUUUAACCUUUAACCCCCGCGCCAAAAACGGAGAAGAACCCAUCAAAAUUAGUUCGGUAGUUACAAAUCAAAAGCCUAAAAACAUUGAAACCAAGGAUAACAAAAAUGACAGUCUUCCAAGCAUGCGCAAAAGAGAAUCCACUUCGCUGGAUGACGUCACAGACAGGGAAACCUCACCGUCUCCUCAGAAAAGAAAUAAAGUAACUACUCCGAACCCUGUCAACCUGACCAAUGAAAAUCCGACAAAUGUCAUGACGUCAGGUGAUGACUCACCAAGAUCAUUCAAAAAGUCGACGGAUAAAGAUGGCUUGGUCGCGCAGAUAUCAGAGAACAUGACUUCAACAGGUGCGGACAUCUUGCCCAGCUUCUCGUCCAGCUACAACACGGUGCCUCACGCCCACAUGGCACCCGCGCAACGCCCGUCAUUCUUUGGGUCUCAUGACCCUAACUGGUCCUCUUCCUUGACCUAUCCCUCUCUGUAUCACCGGGGUGGGAUGGAGUCCGUGACCCCAAUGACGGCCCACUGCAGCUAUACCCAGUACCAGUUUGCGCAGUCUCUACAUUCGGCUAACCCAUGCCAGUUCCCACAAAACAAUAUGUAAUAAUAAACGAAGAGUUUAUGAAUUAACGGUAAAUUUAGACGAAAAGACGAUAAGACGAAAAAGAUAACAUAUUUAUCUCAAUGAUCUGCGCAUGAAUUUUUAUAUAAACUUUUUAUUCAAAUUUUACUUUGAAUCUCCUUACCACCACUUCGUAGUUAAAAUUUGGAUAAACGUUAGCCUCAACAUUAUCAAAUGAUUUGAGGCAUAUCAGCGCUCUGAGUUCCUUCAAUAAUCAUUACUGAUGCUAAGAAUCUUAAUGUGUUUUUGCAUUAUUAUGUAUUCUAUAUUUUGCUGUAUUGUAAAACAAUUAUGCAAUAAAUAUAAUGAAAAACAAACGCUUUCUCCAAAAUGUUAAAUUGAAUGAUUCCUAGAUU